GCAGUGAAGCUAUCGGGUUCGAGACUUUUCUUUGCUGGAAGACUUUUUAUUACAGCUGACCAAGAUGUGGCACCCUAACAUCUACGAGACAGGGGACGUGUGUAUCUCCAUCCUCCACCCACCGGCGGACGACCCCCAGAGCGGGGAGCUGCCCUCAGAGAGGUGGAACCCCACGCAGAACGUCAGGACCAUCCUCCUGAGCAUGAUCUCCCUCCUGAACGAGCCCAACACCUUCUUGCCCGCCAACAUGGACGCCUCCGUGAUGUACAGGAAGUGGAAAGAGAGCCAGGGGAAGGAUCGGGAGUACACAGACGUCAUCCGGAAGCAGGUCCUGGGGACCAAGGUGGACGCAGAGCGUGACGGCGUGAAGGUGCCCACCACGCUGGCCGAGUACUGCGUGAAGACCAAGGCGCCGGCGCCCGACGAGGGCUCGGACCUCUUCUACGACGACUACUACGAGGACGGCGAGGUGGAGGACGAGGCCGACAGCUGCUUUGGGGACGAUGAGGAUGACUCUGGCACGGAGGAGUCCUGACACCACCAGAAUAAACUCGCACUUUACCUCACUAGGGCCGGACCCGUGGCUCCUUAGACGACAGCCUACCUCACCGUCUCUUCUGGUUGUUUCGUUUUGGCUCUUUUUCUCCUUCCCCGUGUCUGUUCUGGGUUUUCACGUGCUUCAGAGAAGAGGGGCUGCCCCACCGCCACUCACGUCACUUGGGGCUCAGUGGACAGGGGUCCAGGGUGGGAUCGGCCGGCCCACCUGUCCUCUCGGGAGGGGAGCUGAGCCCGACUUCUGCCGGGGCCCCCCGGCUUCCGGACUGGCCGCACCCUGGAGGAGCCACGGGGGCGCUGCUGGGAACGUGGGCGGGGGGCCGUUCCCUGACACUGCCGGCCUGGGAGGCCCAGGUGUAGCGGUCCGAGAGGCCCGGUCCCACCUGUCAGCUCCAGGGCCUGGAGCCACGUCCAGCACAGAGUGGACGGAUUCACCGUGGCCGACUCUUCUCCCUGCUUUGGUUUGUUUGAAAUCUAAAUAAAACUACUUUAUGAGAAAAAAAAAAACAA